AUGUCCCUCACCCCGUGGCCCCGGUGGAACGAGGCCCUGCCACGGCUGUCGUCCCGGAGCCCCGCUGAGGUGGUGCUGGAGACGCUCAUGAUGGAGCUGGCGGGGCAGAUGCGCGAGGCCGAGAGGCAGCAGCGGGAGCGCAGCAGUGCGGUCAGGAAGGUCUGCACCGGCGUGGACUACAGCUGGCUGGCCAGCACGCCCCGGGCCACCUACGACCUCAGCCCCGGGGAGCGGCUGCAGCUAGAGGAUGUCUGCGCCAAGAUCCCCCCGGCCUACUGUGGGCCUGCCAUCCUCAGGUUCCGGCAGCUGCUGGCGGAGCAGGAGCCCGAGGUGCGGGAGGUGUCCCGGCUCUUCCUCUCGGUGCUGCAGGAGGUCCUGGAGCGGACGAAGCAGGAGGACGAGGCCCGCAGGCUGACCCGGCAGUGGAGCCUGCGGCCCCGCGGCGGCCUGGCGCUGGCCACCUUCAGGGCCCGCGCCCGCAUCUCUCCCUUCGCCAGCGACAUCCCCACCGUCUCGGAGGACGUGGAGCGGGAGGCUCGGCCGCCGCCCCGCACCUGGAGCAUGCCCGAGUUCAGGGCGCCCCAGGAGGACUGA